AUGCCAGCGAACCCUCUGAGCGCGUCGGUCAUCCUCCAGCAGAUGGCCGAUGCUCUGCCCACCCAUCCUCAGGGCGACGCCACAUCUGAUCUUAGUAGUUCUCAUGAGGCUCUGGCGCUAUUUACGCACGCCUGCAUGGCUUCACUUGGCUUCCGCCUCCUAGGUUUCGACGAGGACAAGUUGGAAGAGGCAAAGUGCCAUGAGCUGGCUCCGCGGCUGCCACCGAACUGGAAUGCCUCUUUCAACACCUACGCAUUCAUCUAUGCCCAUCAACAAUCAGCGCUUCGCUUUGUCAUCAGAACUGAUCGCAUGGGUGGCAAAGCCGAGAUUCGCGGACUAGGAAUCAACGACGACCGCAUCACACGCGUCGAUAUCACUAUCAAGGACUUCGUUUCUAACGCAGCUCUCCCUGUGCGGAUAGAAUUCGACGGCGAGGGCGUCGAAGACCGAUCUAAUGUGACGCAGAAACUGCGGAGCGUUUUCAUAUCCGAGAGCCGUAUUGUAGAUCUAGCCAACCUUAUCAAGAUUAAUAUUAUCCAGAGGCUCCUGCCAUCGCUGCAGAAGGAGGGCUACGAGGAAUCUCCCGAUGACAAAGUUGCGCGCGAGGAUGCCGACCAAGCCGGCCGGAGACCACCCCGACAGCCCGUGAUGCCCGAUCCGUUACCCCAGCCAGCUCAGCCGUACCCAUAUAAUGACCCGCUUCAUCCGCCUCCCCGCAACCCCGUUCCAGCUGGCGAUUUUCCACCUCCAGGCUUUGAGGAUCCUUACGAUAUCAAUCGCCCGAUUCGAGGCCCCCUUCAGCCUGGCCGUAGCCCAUUCGGGAAUAUCGGGGCUGAUGACUUGAACCCACCGGGUCUGGGACCACACGACCCGUUGCGCCCCGGAAUAGGUAUUGGCGGAGGACUACCAAGGCCUGGUGGAAAUCGAGGCAUGCACCCGACUUUUGACGACCCUCUCUUCGGAGGCCACCGGCCUGGUGACGAGACUUUCGAUCCUCAGGUACCGCCAGGUGCCCGUUACGAUCCCCUAGGCCCGGGGGGGCAUCCUAGGCUCGGAGGCCGUCGGCCAGGUGGCGGUAGAGGGCCAUUUGGAGGAGGAUUCGGAGGGUUUGGAGGGUUUGGAGGUGAUAUCAUCUGA